CUUCAAGGGCGUGAUGGAAACUGAUCAACAAGUACUAGGAAAAAUCAGCGAGAUAACUGCGAUGCAAGAAGAUCAGACUGACCCGAUUGAACCUUGCAGCCUUCGGAUUGUUCAACACUUGAAUGACAGGAGGUGCCCUCUCGUGCCUACCGACACUAGUUUCAACGCUGAAAGGCAGUGAACAAAACAUAAAAACGAAGGAAGAUUUUCCUACGGAGGAUGAUCAAGAAGAAUCACAUCAUACAAACGAAUAUGUUUACGACGAUGACUUUAAAUGGUUUGAAGAUAUGGAUGUAGGAUUUAUUGUUGUGGACAAAGAAUCAACGCCUCCACGUCCAUUUGAGACACGAGAUUCCAAUCAAUCCAGUGAAGAUGGCAAACAAACGGCUUCAGCAACCGGUUCUGGAUCAUUGAAAGCGGAUCAGAGAAGGAAAUUAGGUCACCGAAGGGUGGGGCAGCAUGGGGAGGUGACCUAUAAGAAGAUACACACUUCUGAAAUUAUGUACUCCAUUCAAUUGGGCAUCAGCCACGCGAUUGGUGGUCUGGCACCUAAACCGGAAAGGGACAUUUUGAUGCAGGAUUUCAAGACUAUCGAAUCAAUGGAUCAUCAUUUCGAAGGAUCUCGUCAAACGCCGAAUGCACAUCGCUAUUCUGAUUUUGGAUUCGAAUCAUUCGCUCCCAUCGCAUUCCGAUAUUUUCGCAAUUACUUUGGCAUCGAUCCCCACGAUUUUGUGUUGUCAUUGUGCAAUCAGCCUCUAAGAGAACUGAGCAAUGCAGGAGCAAGUGGAUCGAUAUUUUACGUUUCGGCGGACGACGAGUUUAUCAUAAAAACUGUGCAAUACAAGGAAGGAGAAUUUCUUAAAAAAUUACUUCCUGGUUAUAACAUGAAUCUCAAUCAAAAUCCACGCACGCUGUUGCCGAAGUUUUUUGGGUUUUAUUCGUACAUCUGCAAUUCGAGAACAAUGCGGAUGGUGGUUAUGAACAAUUUGCUACCAUCUUCGAUAAAACUUCACGAGAAAUACGAUCUCAAGGGUUCUACUUACAAACGAAAAGCUUCAGAUGUGGAAAGAAGUAAACAAGCUCCUACUUUUAAGGACUUGGAUUUCAUGGAAUUGCAUCCCGAUGGAAUUUUGUUGGAACCCGAAACGUACGCCGCAUUGAUCAAGACCAUUCAACGUGAUUGUCGGGUUUUAGAAAGCUUUAAAAUUAUGGACUAUAGUCUUUUAGUUGCCAUCCACAACUUGGAUUUGGCGGCUAAAGAGGAAAUAGAACGUGAUCACAACAACUUGGCCGAAGACGAACGAAACGCAACUGAAAAUGCUGGAACAAUACGAAUUACUAAGCCGAAUCCAAAUGCUUCGACCAAUCGUCGAAGAUUAGUGGCUCAUUCCACUACUUUGGAAAGCAUUCAAAUGGAAGUUGAUGCAGAUCUCGUGACAGAAAAUAUCCCAUCCGGUGGUGUUCCAGCGCGCAAUACCAAGGGAGAAAGACUACUGCUGUUUUUAGGCAUAAUUGACAUUUUGCAGAGUUACCGACUGGAAAAGAAGCUUGAACACACAUUGAAAGCUUUGAUUCACGAUGGAGAUACUGUGUCAGUCCACCGUCCUGACUUUUACUCACAACGUUUUGAGAAUUUUCUGGCAAAUCAAGUUUUCAGGAAAAUUUCAUCAAGUUAGGGGCCAUUCUGGCAUGGUGUACUACUCAAUCGUGCACGUCAUUCCAAAGCAUCACUAAAGUUUUGCGCUAUGUUUUUGCUUGAUUUGUAUUUGCAUGAGGACGUUCGAUUUUUUUCUGUUUUGAGUUAUUAUAAUACUGGAAGGCGAAAAUUCUUAUUGAUAAAACCACAGGAAUGGGAAGACUGCAACUCAA